GCAUGCCACAAGCGCAUGCGCUGCGUGUCUUCAGCAUUUCCGUGUUGCUCGAGCGGCGGUGUCAGUCGGUGUCCUCGGACGAAAACCAAAGAAGAAAAGACGAUGAAGAACAAAGUCAGCAGUGGAGCACACGUGAGCGUGAAGAGACGAUUCUGGUCAUGGCAACAUUAUCUGGACCAGCAAAAUGCCCAAGCUGCUCCGCCAGCGCUGUUUACCCCAUCCCAGGGUUUUCCCAGUAGAAGAGCUGCUUUUAAAGUGGGGAUGAAGCUGGAGGGCAUAGACCCAUUACAUCCCUCCAUGUUUUGUGUGUUGACAGUUGCUGAGGUAAUUGGCUGUCGCCUGCGUCUCCACAUCGACGGGUUUUCAGAGUGCUAUGACUUCUGGGUAAAUGCUGACUCAGCUGAUAUCCGACCACCAGGAUGGUGUAAAGAGAACAACCAGAAACUGCACCCACCCAAAGGUCACAGUGAGACAGACUUUGAUUGGCAGGUGUAUUUGCAGUCGUCAGGUUCACAGGCUGCGCCUCCAACGCUGUUCGAGACUACAGGUAGCGCACCCUGUGGGUUCAAGGUAGGGAUGAAGUUGGAGGCUGUGGACAAGAAAAACCCUGGACUCGUCUGUGUUGCAUCCGUCGCCAAUGUCGUCGAGGACCGAAUCCUGGUUCAUUUUGACAACUGGGACGACACAUAUGACUACUGGUGUGACAGUAGCAGUCCUUACAUCCAUCCUGUGGGCUGGUGUGAAGAGCAGGGACGACCUUUGACCUCUCCACAGGGUCAUCCUAAUCCAGAGAAUUUCCUGUGGGAGGAGUAUCUGGAGGAAACUGGUUCCAUGUCUGCUCCCAGUUCAGCCUUCACGCUGAGAGCUCCUCAUGGUUUCCAGGUGAACCACAGACUGGAGGCGGUCGACAGGAGGAACCCAAUGUUGGUCAGAGUCGCCACAGUAACAGACAUAGAAGACUACAGGGUCAAGGUUCAUUAUGACGGCUGGUCGGACCAGUUCGACGUGUGGUGUGACAGUGACCUCAGUGACCUUCAUCCUGUGGGCUGGUGUCAGAGGACUGGACAUCCACUGGAAUGUCCGCCAGGUGAGACAGACAGGUGGUGGAUUCAUCUCUCAGUUGAUAUACCUGAACCUGACCGUGUGUUUGUUUGUUCUACAGACUCCUCCCACCUCCCCUCCCCCUCUCAGGGCAUUUGUCCGACCCCUGGCUGCCGAGGAGUCGGACACAUUAGAGGAGCCAAGUAUACUGGACACCACAGUGCCUUUGGUUGUCCAUAUUCAGACAUUAACAUGAGGAAGGAGGUGGUGCUUCCUGAUCGACUGGGAGGAGAGAGGGUCGUUACUCUGGUACCCAUCACCACCACACCUCUGCAUCACCAUGGCAACCAGUCAGACAGGGUCUCUGUCCAGGUGAAGACUGAACCCAACCCCCUGCUUCUGUCUCUGGGAAAGAGGCGGAGACUCGCCGACAGACUGUCUCAUCCAACCAAACUCCUCCGAGUCAAACAGGAAGAGGAGGAUCUUCAUGUCACAGCCAUUGGUCCAGGUACCGAGUCCAGUCUCCAAGCUGCCCUCCACCAGUCCGUCUUCCUGUCCGCCAUGUCAGCGCAGCCUGGACGCGACCUGUCACUCUGCUGGGAACAACAUCGCAAACUUCUGCCAGGCGUCAUCGGAGUCCACGCCGAUGCUGUCCAACACUGGAGCGUCCAGCAGGUGUCAGAUUUCAUCGAGUCUCUUCCUGGUUGUGAGGAGCAGGCGAAGCAGUUCAGAGACGAGCAAAUCGAUGGGCGGGCUUUCCUUCUGCUCACCCAGAGGGACAUCGUUAGGAUCAUGUCAAUCAAACUCGGGCCUGCUCUCAAAAUCUACAACUCCAUCCUGAUGUUCAAGCACGCUGAUGACAAGAGCCAGCCACAGGCCAAGGACGGGGGCCAAUCACAGGCUCACAACAAGAGCCAAUCAAAGGUCGAAGAUGGGAGCCAAUCACAGGCUGAGGACAAGAGCCAAUCACAAAGAGAGGAGACUGACACCUGACAUCUGACAUGUUACGUGGCCAGUGUCCUGUUGUCCUUUUUGUUUCAUGUGAAGACAAACCUCUGUUCAAACACAGUGACCACACCCCUAUUCAUUCAUCGGUCCACUGUGUCAGAGUCAAAGGACAAUAAUGGACCAUAAUGUUCUUAAUUAUGUCUUGAUAAAGUACGAUGUGUAAGACCAGAGUUACUGUCACCAUAACUAAAAAGACCAAACAGAUAAAACUAACUCAGAGGCCUUUAGUGUCCCCGGAGGAGGGCAACUACAUGUCAAUAAAUGUCCACAGUGAAGGAACAGCAGUCUAUUCUGACUGUUUACAUCCAUUUUCAGAACUGCUUUCAUCCUCAUGAGCGUCGCGGGGGUGGAGCCUAUCCCGUCCACCAGUGGGUGAAGGUGGGGUUCACCCUGGACGUGUCACAAAGAAAUAACAUUAUUAGAUGUAUUAUUUUGAUGUAGAGUCACUUAAAAGUGUAAAUAAAUCAAAUUCAGGGUUAGGGUUAGGUCGCCGUUAACUCAGGUCCAGCUCUCCCAAAUGGAGCCCAGUGUUCAGACUAGAUUAAAACCAUGUCAUGUGAUUUAAGGUUCUUUUAUUCUCUACAUUAGAUACUCGUAUGCAUAUGAACGGCACCGUCUGUCUGUCCUCUCCCUUCAUUUAAUUUGUAUUUCUGUCCGCCUCCUGAAUCUUACGGAUUCGUACCAGAGGAUAUGUUGCAGUACCACUGGGAACCAUGGGGGGCAGUGUUGAGAUUUGAUGCCAAUAAUUUACAGAAAUGGAACUUUUCAAAGAACAACUGAGUGAGUUGGUGAAAAACUACUGACAGAUUUAUGACAACAUUCUCAAUAUCCAAUUUAGUAAAACCUCCUCUGUUAUUACCAUGUUUGUUAUCAUUGACGACGACUUCUUUCAAAAAACUCUACCCUUCUUCUUGGUAUUUGUCCAUUAUGUUAAUUCAGAGUUGUCAACACUCAUUCCAACCUCAUUCUAACCCUAACAUGAUUGAAACACACACAUCUGCUUUCAUAUAUGGGAAUAAAUGAACCUAAUGGAAACUGUCCAGUAUCAGGUUAGGGUCUGGCCCAGGGUCCAGGUCUGGUUCAGUGUCUCGGUUCAGGUUUUGUUAAGGGUCUUUUUCUGCGUCAGGGUCCAGGUCUGGGUCUCAGUUCGGGUUUGGGUCAGAGUCUGGGUCUGGGCUUGGGUCCAGGUCUGGGUCAGGGUCCAGGUCUGGGCCUCGGCCUCGGCCUGGGUUUGGAUCUGGUUCUGGUUCCAGGUCAGGGUCUGGGUCCAAGUCUGGGUUUGGGUUAAGGUUGUCACACCUUUAGAUUUGUCAUAUCCAAAUCUGGGUCAUUUGACAGUAAAGUAGUUGACUGUGGUGUGUACGCAGUUCGGUAGAGUAUCUUUUUAUUUAAUUUAAUUUAAUUUAAUUGUAUUUUAUGCUCUGUUCAAUUGUGUUGACCUGAAAAUGUGACGACAAUUAUGUGAAACUACAAGGAAGAGAUUAUGGUAUAAAAUGAAUACUUUAAUAGUCUGUAAUAAUAGAGUAUUUAUGUUUGAGGCAUUCUCAGUGAUGACAGGACAGAUUACUGCAAAGUCAAAUUAAUUUCUUCCAAUGGAAAGAAGAGACUUUCAUAGACAGGGUUUUGGUUUUUGGUGACUAGUGUGUUGAAACUAGUUAUUAUAACUAGGUUAGUUGUGUCCACUGUUGACAUUCCGUCCCUGAUUUGUGGAUCGGACUCUAAAGUGCAUUUAUUCGACCUGAGUUCAAGAGACAUGAUGGGAUGUGAUCGUUGUUUUUAUAGGUUUGAUGUGUUCGACACAACGAUGAAUCCGUCCUUCAAACCUUUGAGUGAACUUGGUGAAAUAUGUUAGAAUAUGAAUAGACUCUGCCCUCACCAUCAGGUCCCUCCCAUAUUUGCUCCUCUCAGGAUUUCACAUGGUGUUGACAUCAUGCAGGAGUACGACACCUCCUUCUCUGUGGUUUAUGAUGUCCCAGAUGAGUAUAUAUUUAUAAUUUGUCUGUAUAGUAUUAAUAAGAGUAUCUAUUGUUCUCUACUGUUUAUAUUUCUAUUUUCUAUAAGAUAUAAAUCUAUAUAUUUGUACUGUGUUUCAUAGCCUCAGUUCAUUUACUGGGAUUCAAACCAACAACCGUUCAGGACACUGGCUGAGGGCUGGUCCUUUGAACCCACCCCAGCGUCACUCUGCUGCACAUGCUCAGUUUAUACAAUCAGUUUUUACAACACUCAGUUCCCUCAGGUUGCCAAGGUAAUGGGUUAUUUACUGUUAUUUAUUCUGUUCUUUGUUUUUCUGUCAGUGUUUGAUGAAAUCAAUAAAGUUUCCUCUGGUCUGUCGUCGA